AAAAUUAGAAAACAAUUUUAGAUUAUGCUUGAAAACAUGCAUCAAAGGUGGAGAACCCAAGAAACCAUCUUUAACCCUUUUCUCUCGGACAGUUUAAUGAUGCAUUCUUUGUUUACACUCCGAACUCUAAGGCCAACCACAAUCUUUGUUCUAUACAACCAAUUUAUAAAGCCAUAUUUUCCUUAAUCUUUUAACAAAGAAAAAAGAACCAAACAACCACAAAUAAAUUAACCAGAUAAAAUGGCUGAGGAUGACCAGGCUCACCUUGAUCGAAUCUUCAAGCGGUUUGAUACAAAUGGAGAUGGUCAGAUCUCUUCAACCGAGCUUGGAGAAGCUUUGAAGGCACUCGGCUCUGUGUCAGGAGAUGAAGUACUACGUAUGAUGGGUGAAAUUGAUACAGAUGGAGAUGGGUUUAUUUCGUAUCAAGAGUACAUGGAUUUUUGUAAUGCUAACAAGGGAUUAAUGAGAGACGUUGCUAAAAUCUUAUGAGUCUUUUUGAUGUGGUUUCACCAUAUAUAUAGUUCAUGUUUUUUUGCAUGUAAUUUACUCCUAUUGAUCGUCAAAAGAGAUGUUGAAUAUUUCAUUCAUAUUUUAAGAAACAAAAACGUAAAUGUGAAGGUG